UAGCGAGUCGGACAUUAGUAGUGCUCCUGCUCCAGAUAGUAUUUCACAGGUCACUGCACUCUUGAAAUCAUUCAUCAACGCGAAUUUACGAAGCUAAAAUGUCUCAAGCGAAAAUAAACGCCAAAAUGAACGAUGCGUCUAAAGGCAAAUUCAGCCGAACCGUUUCAAUGGCAGACCGGACCGGACGGCUACUGGAAAAUCUGGAUCAAAUCGAAAUGAGGGUGGAGGCUCUCCGCGAGGCGGCCACUGCUAUGGAGCAAGAGAGAGAGUGUUUAAUUGAGAUCAUCCAGUCGAUACAGAACAGUCAGGAAAUGAGAACCAUUUGUGACGGGGAAAGGGAAGAGCUCUCACUGACCGCCAGUAGACUUAUGGGCAGGACAUUAACGGUGAAUGUUUCCAUUGAUACGAUCCGAAACCCCCAACAGGAGGAGGCCUUGAAUAAAGCCAUAGCCAUUAUUGAUGAAAUUGCUUCUCAAGUGCUUGAUAACAUGGAAGGGGCUCGAAUGAGGCUGCAAGCGCUUCACGCUGCAUGUGUGACCGAAGCUCCACCUGUGCCCAUUGAUCAGAAGUUUCAGAGUGUCGUGAUCAGCUGUUCCCUGGAAGACCAGAAGAAAAUCAAGCGGCGCCUGGAGACCCUCAUCAGGAACAUGGACAAUGCAGAGAAAACCAUUCGAAUCAUGGAUAAGCAGAAAGUCGAGAGCUCCAGUGUCGCCAAUGGCAAGUAGAGGAUGAGGAGACUCGCAAUGGUGCAUUUUGGAGAGCCACCCAAGUGCCUUUUUAUUUAGCUUUGAGAAAGACACGGGAUGGCCCAUCACAUGUCACAAAACAAAACUAAUAAAGGUCUUUCAUAUUUGCAGGUUUUAUUACCUCUUGAUCAUAUGCAUAUUGUGUUUUUUCAUCAACUACAGGAGCUCUUAAGUACUUGGGCUUUUUGUGUGUAUUGAUUUAUUUAUUUUUAUUAUAUGAGGAUGCAUUAAAACUUGGAAAGCUUG